ACAAACUCCACUAGCUGUUAGAAAGAUGCAGUGUUAGAAGAAAAUCAGAUGAAUCUUCAAGCUACUUUCAUUGAAGACACCGUAAAUAUCAAGGGAAGUAACUCACAGGAUACGCAACUACUGCCGAAUGAAUGAGAUGGAAAGAGUUUUGAGAGUGUUGUAGAACGUAAAGCUAUUCAAGAUGUUUGCAAAAGAGCUUCAUUAUAAAACUGUGAUAAAACUCCACCCUUUUUCACCUCUGGCUGUGAAGUUCGACAUGGUGGCUUGCUAGACGGAGUGUAUGGACGCGGACAAACUGGAUUACUGUGACAAACUUUAACUCAGAGAGGACUGUAAUGGAACAGACAAGGAUGGCGGCCUAGCUUGUCUGGCACUGGGAUGUUAAAACCACAGAGUGGGAUAUUCCUCCAACUGUCACUGCAGGGAUAAUAGUCAAUCACACACACGCCUACAAGCAGACAGAUUUUUAGAGGCGAAAGACUGGUGUAUGUGUGAACUGUGGCAGUAUAGACCAUUCAGAAGCGUGAACGGGAGAGUGAAAAUAAAGCGCGCUAAAAAGGUUCCACAGCAGUGGUGACGCAUAAAAAGAGAAAACCUCUCUCUCAGUACACAGAGUAGUACGUAGUCUAGUUUGGGCACGGUGGCAGGGGCCGGUUCAUGGCAGGGGGGUGGGCGCAUGCCGCCUGUGCCUCUGCAGCGAGAGGGACGCUUCGGCUUGGGAUGGGGUUGGGCCGCAUGGGCUCGGGCUCAGAGGACAGGCGAGCUGAGAGCCUGGGUGCCUGCCGGAGUCGGACCAGCGGAGGCAGGAGAACGGGGUAGUAAACGAUGCUCCCUUCGCUUCUGCGUGGUCUUGGGAUCCCUUGCCCUCCUGUUCCUCACCUCACUCUUUUUCUCCUUGUCUCUGAGAGGAGGAGCCGGCUUGCCUUACUUGGAACCCCAGCGAUGGGAAGAGUCACGCAGAGUUAAGCUAGUGCCCAGCUAUACCGGAUCCCACCAGGUCAUCACGGCUGAGAGCUCUCAGCAGAAGACAUGUGCCUGCUCUCAGUGCGUGGGCGACCCAGGUGUUUCUGACUGGUUCGACGAGAACUAUGACCCGGACAUCUCGCCUGUGUGGAUUCGGGACAACCUCCAGCUGCCUCCAGACGUGUACUACUGGUGGGUGAUGUUGCAACCUCAAUUCAAACCCCACAACAUCCAGCAAGUUCUACAGCGGAUGUUCCAUGUCAUUCCAGGCCGUUCCCCAUAUGGUUCGUGGGACCCUGCCCGCUGUCUGCGCUGUGCCGUGGUGGGAAAUUCGGGGAACCUCCAGGGGGCAGGUUACGGUUCAGUGAUUGAUGGCCACGACUUCAUCAUGAGGAUGAACCUGGCUCCCACUGUAGGGUACGAAGAGGAUGCCGGCAGCCGUACUACACACCACUUCAUGUACCCAGAGAGUGCCAAAAACCUGGCGCCCAAUGUUAGCUUUGUGCUAGUGCCCUUCAAGAUGCUUGACUUGUUGUGGAUCACCAGUGCCCUCUCCACCGGACAGAUCCGCUUCACUUACGCUCCAGUGAAGCAGUUUCUGCGUGUGGAUAAAGACAAGGUUCAGAUCUUCAACCCAGCUUUCUUUAAAUACAUCCAUGACCGCUGGACUCGUCAUCAUGGCCGCUAUCCCUCCACUGGCAUGCUUGUGCUGUUCUUUGCUCUACACGUAUGUGAUGAGGUGAAUGUAUUUGGCUUUGGGGCAGACAGCAGGGGAAACUGGCACCACUAUUGGGAGCAGAACCGCUAUUCUGGAGAGUUUCGUAAAACGGGUGUCCAUGAUGCAGACUAUGAGGCCCAGAUCAUUGACAAGCUGACCAAAGCUGGCAAGAUCUCAGUCUUUCCUGGAAAGUGAAUCUGGGCACCAGGUGCAAAGAAAUGGAUCAACUGAUGGACUACCAUAAACAAAACCACCCAUUAUCCACUUGACACACAUAGUGUGCCUGUUAAACGUGACCAAGAAGUAA